AUGUCCAUCGGCCUCGAUAUCGAGGACACGGGCCGAGAGGGCAUCUCCAAGUCCAACUCUGACUCCCAUCUUUCUCCAGUACACUCGUUUCUACAUGUGGCACAGAAGCCUGGCAGGUCAAAAUGGAAGGACGUUAUCGUUCUCAUUGCCGUUGUUGUGUGCAGCUUCCAAGCGGGGGUAUUCUUGAGCCGCCUUAUGUAUCGAUCCUCCCCACACGAACGGGUUGUCAAGCCUGUGCGAUGCGGCGGCUCCGUGGACUGGAACCUCGUGGCAGGUGAAGAUGGGAUGACGCGAGCCGUCACAACGUUCCCCCUCGACACUUCCCACUUGCUAGAGUUCAUGUCCGAUGGCGAUUUCUCUGGAUGCCGCUUUAAUUUCAAAGUAAAACAUAUCGACACAGCGCAAUCAGGACACCUUCGCGUGGAACACGAGGUUCACGAUCUGAAGCCCCGGAUUGAGGACGGCGGGAUGGCUGCCAUGGAGACCUGCUGGGUCGGAGGUCCCGAGCGGCGCUGGGGGAUUGGGUUCGUUUGUGAGACAUACUUUGAGCAGGCUCCCCGGCUGAACGUUACUGUGAAUGUGGAACUCGUCAUCCCGUGGGACGUUGAACCCUUCCACAUGAGAGGAUUCAAGACGAUCUUGCCUGAGUUCGAGCAAAUCUAUUACGUCGACACAUUGCGCCGGGUCCACCACGAGUAUGCUCAGAUGACUGGAGAAAAUGAAAGCGUCACCGCCAAC